ACUGCUGCCCCCAAGAUGAUAAGAAGAUGCUCGUGACCACCAGAAGUUAGCAAUCUCCUGGCAUUCCUCUUGCUGAUGACACAAUUCCUGCUUGAAUCUGUUUACAAGAUCUGGAAGCCAAACGGGGACCUGCACGGCUGCAUUGGCUUUGGCAGAAAGAGCUCAUACCAAGGACCUCAGGAGCGCUGGAGAUUGGACAGGAAGACUCACCAGGAUGUCUUCCAAGCGACCAGCCUCUCCGUAUGGGGAAACAGAUGGAGAGGUAGCCAUGGUGACAAGCAGACAGAAAGUGGAAGAACAGGACAGUGAUGGCCUCCCCGCCUUUCACCUUCCCUUGCAUGUGAGUUUUCCCAACAAGCCUCACUCUGAGGAAUUUCAGCCAGUUUCUGUGCUGACGCAAGAGACUUGUGACCCUAGGACCCCCACUUCUCAGCAAAACACAAUGGAAGUCGAUGGCAAUAAAGUUAUGUCUUCAUUUGCUCCACACAACUCAUCUACCUCACCCCAGAAGGCAGAAGAAGGUGGUCGGCAGAGCGGGGAGUCCCUGUCCAGCACAGCCCUGGGCACUCCAGAGAGACGCAAGGGCAGCUUGGCGGACGUGGUGGACACCUUGAAGCAGAGGAAGAUGGAAGAGCUCAUUAAGAACGAGCCAGAAGAGACCCCCAGCAUCGAAAAGCUUCUCUCAAAGGACUGGAAAGACAAGCUUCUUGCAAUGGGGUCGGGGAACUUUGGUGAAAUAAAAGGGACUCCCGAGAGCCUAGCUGAGAAGGAGAGGCAGCUGAUGGGGAUGAUCAACCAGCUGACCAGUCUGCGGGAGCAGCUGCUGGCGGCCCACGAUGAGCAGAAGAAGCUGGCUGCAUCUCAGAUUGAGAAGCAGAGGCAGCAAAUGGAAUUGGCCAAGCAGCAGCAGGAACAGAUCGCCAGACAACAGCAGCAGCUCUUGCAACAACAGCACAAGAUCAAUUUGCUUCAGCAGCAGAUCCAGCAGGUUCAAGGUCAGCUGCCGCCAUUAAUGAUUCCCGUAUUCCCUCCUGAUCAGCGGACACUCGCUGCAGCGGCCCAGCAAGGAUUCCUCCUCCCUCCCGGCUUCAGCUACAAGGCUGGGUGUAGUGACCCUUACCCAGUUCAGCUGAUCCCAACUACCAUGGCAGCGGCUGCUGCAGCCAGCCCAGGCUUAGGUCCUCUGCAACUGCAGCAGUUAUACGCGGCCCAGCUAGCUGCAAUGCAGGUAUCUCCAGGCGGGAAGCUCCCAGGCGUACCCCAAGGCAACCUUGCUGCUGCUGUAUCUCCUACCAGCCUUCACACAGACAAGAGCACAAACAGCCCACCACCCAAAAGCAAGGAUGAAGUGGCGCAGCCACUGAACCUCUCAGCUAAACCCAAGACCUCUGACGGCAAGUCACCCACAUCACCCACCUCUCCCCACAUGCCAGCUCUGAGAAUAAACAGUGGGGCAGGCCCCCUCAAAGCCUCUGUCCCAGCAGCCCUAGCUAGUCCUUCAGCGAGAGUUAGCACAAUAGGUUACUUGAAUGAUCAUGACGCUGUUACCAAGGCAAUCCAGGAAGCCCGGCAGAUGAAGGAACAACUCCGGAGGGAACAGCAGGCAUUGGAUGGGAAGGUGGCCGUGGUGAACAGCAUCGGUCUGAACAGCUGCAGGACAGAAAAGGAAAAAACUACACUGGAAAGUCUGACUCAGCAGCUAGCAGUUAAACAGAAUGAAGAAGGAAAGUUCAGCCAUGCAAUGAUGGAUUUCAAUAUGAGUGGAGAUUCCGAUGGAAGUGCUGGAGUCUCAGAGUCAAGAAUUUACCGGGAAUCCCGGGGACGCGGUAGCAACGAGCCCCAUAUAAAACGUCCAAUGAAUGCCUUCAUGGUGUGGGCGAAGGAUGAGCGGAGGAAAAUCCUUCAGGCCUUUCCUGACAUGCACAACUCCAACAUCAGCAAGAUCCUGGGAUCUCGCUGGAAAGCGAUGACCAACCUGGAGAAGCAGCCAUACUACGAGGAGCAGGCCCGCCUAAGCAAACAGCACCUGGAGAAGUACCCGGAUUACAAGUACAAGCCCAGGCCGAAGCGCACCUGCCUUGUGGACGGCAAGAAGCUGCGAAUCGGCGAGUACAAGGCCAUCAUGCGGAACCGGAGGCAGGAGAUGCGGCAAUACUUCAACGUCGGGCAGCAGGCCCAGAUCCCCAUUGCCAGUGCGGGCGUCGUGUACCCGGGAGCCAUCACCAUGGCCGGGAUGCCAUCCCCUCACCUGCCCUCCGAGCACUCAAGUGUGUCCAGCAGCCCGGAGCCCAGCCUGCCUGUGAUCCAGAGCACAUAUGGCACCAAGGGCGAGGAGGCCCAUAUCAAGGAGGAGAUUCAGGCCGAGGACAUCAACGGAGAAAUAUACGAGGAAUAUGAUGAGGAAGAGGAUGAGCCAGACGUAGAUUAUGGGAGCGACAGUGAAAACCAUAUGGCGGGGCAAGCCAACUGAUGAGGGCCAAAAAAAUAAAUAAAUAAAUAAAAGCAAAAAAAAAAAAACAAAACAAAAACAAAAACAAACA